GAUUUCACCGUCUUUCUCCCAGACAAUUUUAGGAAAACAAAGCAAACGGUUACAGAGACCAAGUAAGCAGAUACCAUUCGCUUCAAUCAAUCCCUAAUUUCUUGCUCUUACCAUGCAAAUCUCACAAACCCACUUUUAGAUCCAUUGUUAAUUAGACGCCCUUCAAAUUUGAAUUCAUUUCUGGAUCCAGAAACUCCUUACUAACUAUUAGCAUGUUGAGUUAUUUUCUAUCAUCUGAAGAGCAAGCUUGAAGUUCAUCCUUAAAAUUGGAUUCUUAGCAUCCAGUUGAUUUCUCCUUCGUUUAUCUUACCUUAUAAAAAAAAGGGAUUUCUCUUUAGUUGGUCAAGGAUGGCGUCAGUGUCAAAUGAUGGGUUAUCCAAUGAGAGCGUGAAGAAGCGGCUGACAGAAAAUGGUUACCACUCCUCGUAUUUGGGCAUUAUACCAAAAUAUAAAGUUCGGAAAGUCUCAGCAGUACGAGAUUUUCCUCCAGGAUGUGGUAAAAUUUCUCCAAAAGCUGAUGUGAAUCAUGAACAAAAUGCUGUUGUGUCCACUAAUGAAGAUGUGGCUAACAUUGUGUUGGUUGAUGUUGUUAAAGAUUCUAACAGUGAGAUCGAAUCACGGUCGGCUGAAGCUGUGGACUGUCUAGUUAACAUGGAAGAGCAUGAAAAGUUGGAUAGGUUAAUAGGGGAAGUGGUAUCGACAAACAUGAGUGCAAUAGCAAAUGAGUUGGGAAAAAAAAUAAGUCACGAUAAAUCGCUUGGAUAUGAGUUGCCUAAAGAUCUUGAAAUUAGUGAAAUGGAGCUUUCCAAGGAAACGGAAGACAUCCAGAGCGACACUUUAGUGAAGGGAGUUGAUGAAGAGAGAAGUUUACCUUCGGUCGAAAAUGUUGGUGGUGGACACAAGACAUCUGUGCGGGAAAUUGGCGGUGCGACUGAUGAACCAAGUCCUGAUAGUCAAGUCAAAAUGUUGUUGCCACCUCAGCAGCUAAUUAGUGUUAUGGAAAAUGCCUCUUCCCCGCCAAAGAAUAAGUACCGCAAAAGAAGAGUAUCUGCUGUUCGUGACUUCCCUCCAUUUUGUGGAACAAAUGCUCCUAAGCCAACUGAACAGAAUUGCUAUGGUGUUACUGAAGAAAGCAAGGAUGUGGUUGGGCUCAAUAAGGAAGUUACAAAGAAUGAAGUGAUUGAGACACUGAGAGAUGUUAAGGACAGUGGGGCAUUGCAAGAGAGGUUGGUUGAAAGUGAGGAGGCUGAUUCUCUGAGAGAGAGGGACAUUGCUAGUCCCAAAGAUAGGGUGUUGGAGCAAAUAACAAUGGUUCACAGCGAAGAACAGGGAGGUAUCCAAAAUGAUUUUGAUGGAAGAAGUCAGAUGGAAAGAACUGUGGUUAUGCCCGAGACAAUGACGAAAAAGGAGAAUGAUGUAGGAGUUGUGGGAAAGGAGAUUGUUGUAUAUUCAGAGGAUGAAAGUAAAAAGACUACUACUGCAAGUAGUGCUCUUGGUACUGGAAAUGAAAUGGUUGGGCCGAUUACGCAGGGUGCUGAGACGUAUUGUGCACGGGAGCAAGGAAAAAAAAAGAGUUUAGAUGGCCCUGUGAGUGGAAAUGAAAUUGUUGUCUCACAGGUCAAAGACAAUCUGACAAAGACUGCAGUCGGUGCUUGUGGUUCUGGGCAUGAAAUAGUUAAGCCAAUUGUGCAAGGUCUGAUGGCCGAGCCGCACUGUCCAUGGAGGCAGGGAAAGCAAACUAGUGUAGAUUGUGCGGUGAGUGGAAACCAAGAUGAGAAGUCUCCUCUGUCUUGGCGCAAGAAGGCUAAAGCUGUCGCCAGAAAAAGUAAUCCUAGGGGUAAGAAGAAAUCAGCUUCUGGUGGCAAAGCUACCGAUGGACUUUCAAGGGCGCUAGUUGUGUUCGAUGACGAAGGAUCUGCUUUACAGGCUGUCAGCAAAGACGGAGCUUGCAAUUUGAAUAGGGAAGCACUACAUGAAGAUUCUCCCGUUGGACAAGGACGGCGUGAAUUUGACGUGACCCUACCACCUUUUGGUCCAAACAGUUCUAGUCAUGGUGAUGCCCGUACUAAAGUUAGAGAGACUCUUCGUAUGUUUCAGGCUAUAUGUAGAAAGCUCUUGCAAGAAGAAGAGUCAAAGUCAAGACCUGAAGAAGCAAAACCGAGGCAGGGGUCAAACAGAAUUGAUCUUCAAGCAGCAAAAAUCAUCAAGGCAAAAGGAAAAGAAGUUAACACAGGUCUGCACAUACUGGGAGAAGUUCCUGGAGUUGAAGUCGGAGAUGAGUUCCAAUACAGGGUGGAACUUGCUAUUGUGGGGGUUCAUCGCCUAUAUCAGGCUGGUAUAGAUUACAUGAAGCAGGGAGGUAUGCUGAUCGCGAUUAGUAUUGUUUCUUCAGGGGUCUAUGAUGAUGCUGUGGAAGAUGCUGAUGUAUUGAUUUAUUCUGGGCAAGGCGGAAAUGUGGUAGGUAAGGUCAAAACUCCUGAAGAUCAGAAGCUUGAAAGAGGUAAUUUAGCUUUGAAGAAUAGUAUAUCAGUUCAGAAUCCUGUUCGGGUGAUUCGUGGAUCCAAGGAGACGAAAACCUCUGAAUCCGUGGAUGGUAAAGUUAAGGUAGUGACAACAUAUGUUUAUGAUGGGUUGUACAAGGUUGAUAAUUUUUGGACAGAACAAGGGCCAAAGGGUAAGAUGGUUUUUAUGUUUAAGUUGGUGAGAGUUCCUGGACAACCAGAGCUUGCUUGGAAAGAAGUGAAGUCAUCAAAAAAGUCCAAAGUGCGGCAUGGUGUUUGUGUCCAUGACAUUACAGAAGGAAAGGAUACACUCCCGAUAAGUGCUGUGAACACAAUUGAUGGUGAGAAACCUCCACCAUUCACUUACAUCAAGAAGAUGAUAUAUCCUGACUGGUUCCAGCCGUCUCCUCCUAAAGGUUGUGAUUGUAUCGGUAGAUGUUCUGAUUCCAAGAGGUGCUCAUGUGCAGUUAAAAAUGGAGGCGAGAUCCCGUACAAUCGUAAUGGAGCUAUUGUUGAAGUGAAGCCUCUUGUCUAUGAAUGUGGUCCUUCUUGUAAAUGUCCCCCCUCUUGCUACAAUAGAGUCGGCCAACACGGUAUUAAAAUUCCACUUGAGAUCUUUAAGACAAAUUCAAGGGGAUGGGGUGUGAGAGCUUUAACAUCUAUUCCUUCAGGAACCUUUAUCUGUGAGUAUGCAGGAGAGCUUCUUGAAGACAAGGAAGCUGAACGAAGAAUUGGUAGUGACGAAUACCUUUUUGAUAUUGGACAGAACUAUAGUGAUUGUUCUGUGAACUCUUCCGCACAAGCAGAAUUAAGUGAGGUAGUAGAAGAGGGUGGUUAUACAAUUGAUGCAGCUCAGUGUGGAAAUGUCGGGCGAUUUAUCAAUCACAGUUGUUCACCUAACUUGUAUGCACAAAACGUUCUUUAUGAUCACGAAGAUAAGAAAAUGCCUCAUAUCAUGUUCUUUGCAGCAGAUAACAUUCCUCCUUUGGCGGAGCUCAGUUACCAUUAUAAUUAUUCCGUGGAUCAGGUACGUGAUUCCAAUGGCAAUAUCAAGGUGAAGAAAUGCUAUUGUGGAUCUUCAGAGUGUAGCGGUCGGAUGUACUAGGGGUUUGUAUAGCUUUAUUUCAAGUUGAGGUGAAUAAUUCCUCAUAUUUGAUUUAAGAUGUUUCUCUGCAAUAUAGUUGUCCCUUACGUUUUGCUUUUAGCUGCAUUUGCACGAAUGUUGCUUUCCUUUC